UCGCCGGGGCGCCGCGGGCAGUCUGCCGCUGCCACCUCAGCCCUGCUCGGUGCCGACUGACGCCCGCCGCUCACCGCCCGGAGCUGACGGUCCCACCACGCUCGCCGCCGCCGCCGCUGUCGGCACGACAGAGCCUCUCACUGCUGUGGCCUCUCCCGUUGCGGAGCACAGGCUCCGGAUGCGCAGGCUCAGCGGCCAUGGCUCACGGGCCUAGCCGCUCCACGGCAUGUGGGACCUUCCCGGACCGGGGCAUGAACCCGUGUCCCCUGCUUCGGCAGGCGGACUCUCAACCACUGCGCCACCAGGGAAGCCCUGAAAUGUGUUUUUUGAGAGAAGUUUUCAUUUGAUCGUGUACAUACUUGGCAGUUCCAGACUUUUUCCUGGACUCCCUCCCGGCUAGCUGUGGCGCACUAGCCCCCUUCAGGCUGUGUUCACGCAGAGAACUCCAGUCCUCUCCCCGGGAUCCGACCUCCGAAGCCCAAGCCUCAGCUCCCAGCCCCCACCCAUCCUGGCAGACCUGGCACCCAGUGCCUUGUUGAAUUAGACUGAAGUGCACAGUGGUGUGCUUGAUGUAAUGUGGCCAACAACCUCUUCCAGUAGAUGAUGCUAACCACGAAGGGAGAUGAAUUUGCCCUGUCAGGCCUCUUCUUGGUGUGUUCUGUAUGGACUGCCUCCCUUCUAGAGUAAAUACAUCAACUUAAAAGAGGAACAUAGAAGACUGCAGUUGAAAAAAGAGACAGUAAUAUACAUGCUGUGAGCAUUUGUGGGCAGCAUCACAUAGAUGAUUUCAUCCAUGAGCUCGGAUUUCCCACAUUACAACUUCAGGAUGCCUAAUAUUGGAUUCCAGAAUCUGCCACUCAACAUAUAUAUUGUGGUUUUUGGCACUGCUAUAUUUGUCUUCAUCCUUAGUUUACUCUUCUGUUGCUACUUGAUUAGGCUAAGACAUCAAGCACACAAAGAAUUUUAUGCCUACAAACAGGUUAUAUUAAAAGAAAAAGUAAAAGAACUGAAUUUACAUGAGCUCUGUGCAGUGUGCCUAGAAGACUUCAAGCCUCGAGAUGAGUUGGGGAUUUGUCCAUGUAAGCAUGCCUUCCACAGAAAAUCUGGAGACAACAAAUACAGGGAUGGACUGACAAGACAGAGUUUUGCUCCCACAGACCCAAUACACUCAAACCACCGAGGCAGCUGGAGAAAUGUGCCAAAACCAAGCAGAAAACAAGAUGUCUGCUUACGGGGACCAUGAGGCAGGAGCACAGCUGAGGGCACAGCCCCAUCAGAAAGCAGACUCUAAGAAGUCUAAAUGAUGCAAGGACCUGGAAACACAUGGCAGGAGCCACAAGGAAUCCAACAUCUACCUUCCAAAGACCAUCUUCAAGGCUAUAGAGCAGUAUCAAAGUAGGCCACACUUUAUUAUAAAUAAUCUGCAGCCAAAGGACUGAAAGUAUCCAAUUAGAAAGUAAAAUACUUCACUAAUUAAAGUGAUUACAGCCUCAAGGGAUGGAGGGAGUUUAGCAGAAUCAAAAUUUAAAAACAUUGUUAUCAACUUAAUUUCAUUUAAAUAAUUAAUAAAGGGAUGAUUAAAUUAUUAUUCAUAUUAUAGAACACUGUAUAGCAAUUAAGAAUGAAGAGGAUCUUUAUACAAACAUACAUAUAUAUACAUUUUUUUUUUUUUUUUGGCCACGCCGCAAAGCAUGCAGGAUGUUACUUCCCCGACCAGGGAUCGAACCCAUGCCCCCUACAGUGGAAGUGCAGUCUUCACCACUGGACCGCCAGGGAAGUCCCGAGAAUGAAGAGGAUCUUUACUCAAUUAAGAAUUGAAGUGGGAUGAACUCCAAGACAUGUUUUUAGUCCAAAAAACAAAAAAACAAAAAAACAAAAAAAACAAGCUGAGAAAUAUUUUAUACAAUAUGAUCCAAUUUGCCUUAUUUUAAAACCAUAUUUAUAUGCACAUGUAUGUGUCAUACACAGUCAUGCACAGAAAAACUAAAAAGAUACAUAAACUUUUUUU